AUUCUCACGUCUACGUUCUGGAGAAAAGUCAACACAAAGUCCCAGAGGAGGCCCUAAAGCAUGAGAAGUACAGCAGUCAGCUGCAGAUGAGCCUAAAGCCUUCAGAGGGGAAGAAGAGCGACGUGGACGAGCGGGCGAGAGGCGAGAAAGCGCAGAGUACCAAGAGCCUCGCACAGGAGGCGCCGGUGUGUCGGCCCACUCCUUUGUAUGGCCAGCCUUCCUGGUGGGGAGAGGAGGAUUAUGGGAGUAAAGUCCAAACCAGCGAUGAGCCACAUUCAGAUGUUCAGAAAGACGCUCCCUCUGCAGAUCCAGAAUUUUCUGCAUCGCUGUCAGACUGUCAGCCAAAGUCCGCCUUCCCUUCGUACCACCGUGAGCCGAGCUACUUUGAGAUCCCCACCAAGGACUUCCAGCACCCUAAGUCCUCAGGCGCGGAGCUCCAUGAGAUCCCCACCAAGGACACUGACACGCCCCCGGCCCCACUCUCGCUUCCCACUCCGACUCCGCCUGUCGUUCAGAGCCAUGCCUCCUUUACCAUUGAGUUUGAUGAUUGCAUGCCUGGGAAGAUCAAGAUUAAAGACCACAUCACCAAGUUCUCCACUCGCCAGAGGAAGCUGCAGGCUACACCCACCAAGACAGCCAUCAUGGCCACACCUGCAGAGGUGAUGUCAGCAGAGAGCAAGGUGGCUGACUGGCUGGUCCACAGUGAUGUAAGCAUGAUGAAGAGACGCCCACCGUCUGAAGACGUUUACAGCACCAAGAGUGACCUCGCCAUGAAGAUCAAGACCCUGAAAGGUCACCAUCAUGAGGAUGGGACCCAGAGUGACUCAGAGGACCCAGUUCUCAAAGGAAGGAGUAAAUCCCACCACUCGGUCCGCACUGAGCACUCUAUGCAAUCAGAGCUGUCCCAGGCGUCGCAGCAGGUCAUCCAAUCAGGCCAGUCCAUCCAUAGUCAGCUACACCAACCACUGCAGUAUGCUCCACCCAGACCGGCCUCUGCCUCACCCGUGGCCCCUGAGAGGCCCCUGUCCCAGAGUCCUCCUAAAGCUCUGUCACCCACCGAAUUUCCCAAACAGGCGCCCCCCGAGCACCUCACUCAGCAAGCUUUCAUCAUUGAGUUCUUUGAUGACAACCCACGCAAGAAGCGCUCUCAGUCCUUCACCCACAACCCCGCCCAUGCUGACUCGUACUCCACACUCAGAGCCAAGUUGGAGCGGCGGAAAGGCGGCGAGAGGCCGGCAUCUGUGCACGGCCACAUCCCUCCCACACAGCAGGUGACGGUUCCUCUGAAGAGUCAGAGCCAUGGUGGCCCUCAGAGGUCAAGCUCUCUGAAGAGAGAAAAGACCGAGGGGGAGGCGGCUUCGUCGGCUUCCUCGUCUCGCUCCUCAUCGGGCAUCAUCAUCCGACCUUUCGGCAGCGUUGGGAAGAAGUCAAAGCUUGCCCAGGAGUUUGCUGCUGAAUUCCUGAAGGAUUCGGGUCGUAAUGACUCCUCCCCAACCAGGGAUAAGACAACUCCUCCACCAAUGUCUGCACCUCCUGUGAUGGUAUCGCCUCAUCAUACAAGGAUCCCCUCCACACAAGAACCUCCAGCUCCAUCUUCUGUCUCCUACCCUGCCUCCCCAUUACAGCCUCCAGCAAUCUCAAAGACCCCAGUCCCAGUCAACAUUCCAGGCCCAGCUGCCGCUCCGGUACAUCCGUCUGGACCUCCCUUCUCCACCAUGCUGCCCAUGGCCGUCAGUGGAGGAGAUGUCAAAGGUACCCAGAGGAUGGCCCGGAACGAGGAAGACGACAGCUUGAGCGAUGCUGGGACCUACACCAUUGAGACGGAGUCGCAGGACAAAGAGGUGGAAGAGGCUCGUAACAUGAUCGAUCAGGUGUUUGGUGUCCUCGAUUCUCCAGAGUACAGUGGUGUGAACACUGGUGUGUAUAGACCUGUGAUAAAUGAUGGAAAAGAUGAGCAUGCUAACCUGCCUAGUGAUGGUAGCACUGUGGACUCACUGCAUGGCUUUAUCCCAUCUUCUAUCAGCGGCCCUUCAACAGGCCCCAUACAGGUUCCAGCUGCUCAUGCUGCAUGUCUGGAAGGCCCUAAGUGGGUUUCACGUUGGGCCAGUCUAGCAGACAGCUACGCCGAACCUGGUUCCACUCCACCUCAAGUAGAAUGUCUAGAAGAUUCACGUCUCAUGAGCCCUUCGAUGGGAAACUACAGCUACGACAACUCUGAGUCAGAGUCCAGCCACAGCUCCAGGACAAGAAGGCUGCUGCCCCAAGUGCCUCCAGAAAAGCUAGACGGUGUCACCCCAAGCAUCAUGAUUCGCCAUGAAUCUUACCAAAGCCAAGAACCUCUGGACAGAGCCUUUGGUCCCUCCCACUCAGUUGACUCCACCCAGCGCCUGUCCGUUCAGGAUGAUGUGGACCCAGACAGCCUGAGUGAUGCCAGUCGCUCAGAUGAUGGACCUGUUCAAGAGAAGAUGAGGACAAAUCAGGUCAAGACUGCAUUUGUAUCUCCAGGGAUCACUGGUCCUCAGCUUAGAGGUCAGGAGAAAGUGUCUCCAUCCUCCAAAUCCACCUGCUUCUACAUUGGUUCAGAAGACCAUCCCAGCAAACCUGAGCAAGCCCAGAGCCCAGUACAGUCUGAGAAGACAAGAGACCCCCCAGCAAAAACUCCCCCUACCACUGUCCUGAUCCGACAUCUGAGUGGAUAUGAACCCAAGAGGACGGGAGUCAAACCCAACAGCUCUGCUCCAAACCUCCAAACACAGGACAAAGAUUCAGUUCCAACCAAAGACAGUUGCACAUCAUCCUUCAUCCGUCAGGAGAGUUUCACCAAAGACCAGCCCAGUGACACUGUCCAGAUGAAGAAGCUUCCCCACAUCUCCAGCCACCCAUCCAUCAGAGACAUGGAGCAGAGGCAGGAGAACAUCCAGGACACACAGUCCUUCCUUCAGGAAGGAACUCUAUCCUCUCUGGAUGCCAAGUUCCCCUCCUCUGGUUCAGGUCGCAGCUCAAAGAAGGAGGGUUCGUCCAGCCACAUGGACGACUCCCUGUCUGGUGAGUCAGAUGUUGACACGGCUAGCACGGUGAGUCAAGUGAGUAGCAAAAACACUCCAGUCAGCUCAACUUCUAAAAAGCACCCUUCCAUCAGCAGCCUUCAAAAGGAGAGGUCCUCUUCUAGUCCAUCCAUCCAAGAGAAGGGACAGCAGCUCAGUGCCCGUGAGCGACUUUCUGAGAAACGCCGAAACCAGAUCACUGCCAGUGCAGCAAAUAAGGCAGAGGCAGCGAAGCGCUUCCAGAUGCGCCGCAGUGCCGGGAAUCGUGGCUCUCUGGAUCUGUCUGAAGGCCAGCAGGGGUCUGGUCCGCAGUGGACUGAAACCCCAUCAUCUGAUCACGAAACGUCCCGUCCAUCCAGCCGCAGCAAAAAACUCAUUGCCCCUCUUCAGAAAGAAGACAAUGGGAAGAUGCCCAGGACGGCGACCCAGCAGGUUCUGACACGCUCCAACAGCCUGUCAGCGCCACGGCCGACCCGAGCCUCAAUGCUGCGGCGGGCACGUCUGGGUGAAGCUUCAGAUAACGAAGGUGCUGAGACUGACCGAGGCUCUCAGAAUUCUGACCAUAUUGCUGCAGCGCCCAAAGUGUCCACUGAGGGGAAGAAGCUGUCCAGGCUGGACAUCUUAGCGAUGCCCAGGAAGAGGACCGGCUCCUUCACCAACCCCAGCGAUACCGAGGCAUCCUCCACAGGACGGCCCACUUUCUCCAACCGGAACACAGAGGCUGUUGUCAGCACCAGGAAAACAUUGGUGGGUGACAACCGGCAGGCAGCUAGCAGAGGAGGCGGAGCUCCAGCGAAGCAACCUCUGACACGUACCCGUUCGAGCGGAGCCAAGUACGCCGGCAGUGGUUCCCGUCGCAGACAGAAGGGCUCGGACUUCUCUUCUUCCUCUGAUGAAGAAUACGAGACGAGUGGCGGUAUCUCCAGAGCCAAACGCUCCUCCCAUCCUUCCACCUCUGACCAGACGCCACACAGCCACUGGACGCCCGCCACCAGGACCAAGUCUGUCUCCCUGGAAAUGGAGGAGGAUGAGGAUCAGAACGACGUUGACCCGUACCAGAACUGGUCCACGCACAGCGCUGAGAUUGCAAAGCUCAGUCAGGACCUGGCUAAAGACUUGGCCAUCUUGGCGAAGGAAAUCCACGAUGUUGCUGGGGAUGGGGACUCGCCGAGCUCCAGCAUGGGCACCACCACGUCUCCCAGCUCGCUGCCCAACACGCCAGCCUCCACCAUCUCCGCCAGGGAGGAGCUGGUCCAGCGUAUCCCUGAGGCCAGUUUAAACUACCAGAAGGUUCCUCCAGGUUCUGCUGCUGUCUCGGACCUGGACGCAAAUAUGAAUGAGCCAGAGACCGAUUCUAAGCAACGGCGUCCGUGGAACCGCGAAGAGGUGAUUCUGGACAACCUGAUGCUGAAUCCAGUGUCUCAGCUGUCUCAGGCCAUCCGGGAGAACACAGAGCAGCUGGCCGAGAAAAUGAAAGUUUUAUUCCAGAACAAGGCUGAGGUCUGGGAGGAGAUUGAGGCAAAGAUCAAUACUGAAAAUGAAGUCCCCAUCCUGAAGACCUCCAACAAGGAAAUUACCUCCAUUUUGAAAGAGCUGAGGAGAGUUCAGAGGCAGCUUGAAGUUAUAAACACGAUUGUGGAGCCUGAUGGCGGUCUUCAGGCAGCAGCCGACGCAGCAUCCCUCAGUCAGACUCGCCCAUCUACAAGGGAGAAGAAACCCAGCACCAAACCUCGCGGAGCCCCCAACACCAACGAAAGCACCAAACGACCGCCUCGUGGACCCGAUGGGGCCCACAACAUGGCCUGAGCAGGCCACUGUAGCACCUCUGGAAAGUAACUGUGCAUCCACCAGUCCCUGCCUCUGACUGUAACACCCAGAUCCACAACUCAGUGCUGACUUCAGCUGUAAAUGUGUGGUUGGAGGCUGGUGUGGGUUUGUGGCGGGCCUGUUUGAGGUCUGCCUCUAACUUAUCAUUCAUUCGCAGCAAGAAUGGAUAUUUACAAAGCUUCUGACAAAUGCCGUGCAUCAGUGGAAUUUUUGGUCUGAAUUUAUUGGUUUCCAACCCAGAGUUUGGUUGACGUUGGUUUCCAACGUCAGAGCGAUGUGAUGAGGUGAUGAUCUCGGUGUCCCACAGGUCAUAGUUGUGAACUUUCAAGGAUGCAAAUUUUAAGUGAAAUGCUGCUGUGGACCAGAACCACAUGCAUCGUUUCUAGCAGAGUCCUCUCACAUGAAUCCUUGCCUGUAAAUACUGCAGCUGUGAACAGACCUCAAACACACCCCUUCCCUGUCUACAGGGAGCAGCUCAGUCAUGCUCCUUCCGGCUGUUACCGUGACGACCUGUCUCCGGUGUGUGUUUGUUAGGGUGGAAGAGCUGCGGCGUGUGGAUGCACUGAAACUGUCCAGAAAUAACUCUCAUUCGUGGUCAGUGUAUAUCUGUAGAACUGCUUCCACUUUGCACAAGCUCAGCAAACGUAGUCAAAGCUCCAUAAUGAAGCAGCCGCUCGCGCCACCGUAGUACGUGGAUGAUGUACAAACAUAUACCGAUAAACUUUGUGCUUUGAUAAUCUGUUGUUGCGUUGCAUUUGAACAGAUAGAUUGUGUUGCUGUUUUUAUGUCUGUAUUUAUGAAGAGAAAGCCGUAGCUUCCUGUGGGCUGUGCAGACAGGAAACGGAACCCUGAGCUCAGCUGUAGAAGAGAAAACUAUGUAAUGUUGUGUUUCCUGAAUGUUUGGGUGCUCCGCUGCAAUGACGCUCAGCCUAGGGCUGCUCGAUUAUGGCAAAAAUGAUAAUCACGAUUAUUUUCACUGAAAUUGAGAUCACGAUUAUUUGACGAUAUUUAUUUAACCCUUUAAGACCUACUAUAGAACC